UCCCAUCCUCGUCGCCAAAUUUAUGUUAGAUUCCGAUAUUUAAUUAAAUAGUUUAUUAAAUUUAGUACACGAAAUCUACAUUAAUACAUACACUUAAAAUAGUUUCCUACUGCUAGCGAUUCUUUACGUUGUUUCAAAAAUACUCUGCUUCUGGCUCUAAUUCGUUUCGUAUAUUAUUCUGAAGGAAAAGUGCUCUGGUACUGUUUUUAAAAGGUCGGAAGUCUGAAAUUGAAAGUGUUGGGAAUGAGGAUUAGGACCAAUAGGAAUUCUUGGAUAUUACUGAGGUUCGAAGGGUCAAGUGUGGUCAAGUGUAUGAUUCAGGGAUGAUAGAAGAUAGUGUGACUGAAGACAGAGUUUCGAGUUUGCUUAUUUUAAGAGAAGAGUAAAAAUAUUUAUAUACUUAUUUUAUGACGGUAUCCAACAAUGAACUGUGAUACGUCAAUCGUUGCAUCGCAAAAUUUUUAGUAACAGUAAAUAAGUAUCUUCUGGAGGCAGGAUGGUGCACAGACGGAAAAAUGAUCGGCAUCACGGAACCGAGAAGAGUCGCAGCCACCUCUUUAGCUAAUCGCGUCGCCGACGAACGAAAUUGUAUUUUAGGCACCGAAGUUGGUUAUUCUAUUCGUUUCGACAAUUGUACAGAUGAAACAACAAAAAUCAAGUAUAUGACAGAAGGAAUUUUGCUCCGGGAAUUAAUGAGCGAUCCUCUACUGACCAGUUAUUCAGUCAUUGUUGUGGACGAGGUACACGAAAGAACUCUUCUUACCGAUAUUAUCAUGGGUCUCUUGAAGAAGAUCAUUAGGAAAAGGAAACGAUUAAGGAUCGUUGUUUGUUCCGCAACGGUUGAUGCAGAACAAUUGAGGGAUUUUUUUAAUACGAAUACUACUAAAGACUCAACGAAAGACACGGCGAUAAUUUUGACCGUUGAGGGAAGAUUAUAUCCGGUUGAUAUUUUUUAUGUGAAAGAGCCAGUAGCAAAUUACGUAACAAGUGUAGUAGACACGGCAUUGAAAAUUCAUGAGACUGAAGAAUCCGGCGAUAUUUUAGCCUUCCUCACCGGUUUAGACGAAGUAGAUCAAGCGGUUUCUCUUUUAUCAGAGCAUGCAAAGCUUAUAAAAGAAGGCAAACAGAAACUUUUACCUCUGGCUAUGUACGGAUCCCUUCCGAACUCGGAGCAACUGAAAGUAUUUUGGAGGGCUGCCAAAGACACUCGUAAAGUAAUUGUAGCGACAAACAUUGCUGAAACAUCUAUCACCAUUCCGAACAUUGUUUAUGUAAUUGAUUGCGGUUUUGUCAAAAUUCCUUGGUAUGAAGUGGAAACUCAGACAAAUUCUUUGGUAAUUGUUCCUGUAUCUAAAGCUUCUGCUGAUCAAAGAGCUGGUAGAGCAGGACGUGUUAGAACAGGCAAAGCAUACAGAUUAUACACAGAACAAGCGUACUCUGAAUUAUUCGAAUCAACUCCACCAGAAAUGCAGCGUUCGGAUCUAGCACCAGCCAUCUUACAAUUAAAAGCUUUAGGGAUUGACAAUGUUUUAAGAUUCAAUUUUCCCUCUGCUCCGCCAAGCAAAAACCUUCUCACAGGACUAGAAUUACUUUAUGCAUUAGGUGCAAUUGACAGUAAUGGAGAAUUAACAGCACCAUUAGGUUUAACAAUGGCAGAAAUGCCUUUAGAACCUGUCUUGGCAAAAUCGCUCAUAGUAUCAGGAGAAAUGGAGUGUUCUGAAGAGUUGUCGAUCAUUUUAGCAAUGCUUCAAGUGCAAAAUGUCUUUAUUAGACCCGCUGGAGGUCAAGCUGCUAUUAAAGCAAGAAUAGCACACAGGAAAUUUGAGGUCGAAGAAGGAGAUUUGUUAUCGUUUCUUAACGUGUACACUGCGUAUGAGAAAAAUAAAACGCCAAGCUGGUGUCAGAAACAUUUUCUUAAUCAUAAGGCAUUGAGGAGGGCUACCGAAAUUAAGGCACAAAUGCAUUGUAUGAUGAGAAGAUUGGAUAUUCCAUUGAUUUCUUGCAAUGGAAAUGUACACAAAUAUUGAAGUGCCUGACAGCAGGUCUGUUUCCUAAAGCGGCGUAUUUACAUUACACUGGAGUAUACCAAAACAGUGCGUGGUAAUAGAGACUUGUACAUACAUCCAAACAGUGUUUGUA